AAAAGCUCCCACGUUUCUCUCUCUCCCUCUCCCCUCUCCCUCUCUCUCUCUCUCUCUCUGUGGAAGAUAGCAGGGGAAGCAGAAAGGAUUUGACUUGCGGGGUGAGCCGCCGGGAGCUUCGGCCGAGAUCUGAUGCUGCUCUGAUUCCCUCCGGUGUGUAAAGGAAACCCAGCAAAUCGAGCAACCUUGUGCGCGUUGGAGUCGGUGUUCAGGGCUUGUUUUUGGAUUCUGAUCUUAUAAGCUCUCGAGGGUUUUGCGGUCUUUCGGUUGAAGAUCUAUAUCAGACAAUGAUGAUGUUUGAUGAUUUGGGAAUUUGCGGCGAUCUGGACUUCUUCUCUGCCCCUCUUGGGGAGGGACACGCGGUUGCUCCGCAAACUGAGCCAGAGGCCACCGUGGAGGAUGAUUACUCGGAUGAAGAGAUCGACGUGGACGAACUCGAGAGAAGGAUGUGGAGGGACAAGAUGCGUCUCAAGCGGCUGAAGGAGCAGAACAAGGGAAAGGAAGGAGUCGAUAUCGCGAAACAGCGCCAGUCCCAGGAGCAGGCGAGGAGGAAGAAGAUGUCGAGAGCUCAGGACGGAAUUCUCAAGUACAUGUUGAAAAUGAUGGAGGUCUGUAAGGCUCAGGGCUUUGUGUAUGGAAUCAUCCCAGAAAAGGGAAAGCCAGUCACCGGGGCGUCAGACAAUCUCAGAGAAUGGUGGAAGGACAAAGUCAGGUUUGAUCGAAACGGUCCGGCCGCGAUAGCCAAGUACCAAGCGGAUCAUUCCGUUCCUGGGAAGAACGAUGGAUGCAACCCCAUCGGGCCUACCCCACACACUCUGCAAGAGCUUCAGGACACGACCCUUGGCUCGCUUCUGUCAGCGCUCAUGCAGCACUGUGACCCCCCUCAGAGGCGGUUCCCAUUGGAGAAAGGCGUUCCUCCGCCAUGGUGGCCUACUGGAGACGAAGACUGGUGGCCCCAGCUGGGUCUGCCGAAGGAUCAAGGACCGCCGCCCUACAAGAAGCCUCAUGAUCUUAAGAAGGCAUGGAAGGUAGGUGUUCUCACGGCGGUAAUCAAGCACAUGUCUCCUGAUAUUGCCAAGAUCCGCAAGCUCGUGAGGCAGUCCAAAUGCUUGCAAGACAAGAUGACGGCCAAGGAAAGCGCUACUUGGCUAGCUAUUAUAAACCAGGAGGAGUCUUUGGCGCGAGAUCUUUACCCCGAUUCAUGCCUCCCGCUGUCCUCAUCUGGAGGGAGCGGGUCUUUGGUCAUAAAUGACUGUAGUGAGUAUGAUGUCGAAGGGGCGGAAGACGAGCCCAGCUUCGACGUACAUGAGCGCAAGCCUGAGAAUCUCAACCCACCGUCCCAUCUGGGUCUGGAGAGAAUGAGAGAGAGGAUUCCGUUUGUCCAGCAAUCGCCUUUCCCGAUGAAGGGUGACGUUGUCACCAACUUAGAUAUGGUGCGGAAGAGGAAGCCGUCCAAUGAUUUGAACAUGGUGAUGGAUCACAAGAUUUUCACCUGUGAGUUCCUGCAGUGCCCUUACAGUGAACUGCGACUGGGGUUCCGUGACAGAACCUCAAGGGACAAUCACCAGCUGAGUUGCCCUUACAGGAGCAAUUCUUCAGAGUUUGGCGGGUCAAACUUUCAUGUUAAUGAGGUCAAGCCAGUGAUUUUCCCUCAAGCUUUUGUCCAGUCCAAGCCCAUGGCUUCAACAGUCAAUUCAGCAUCAGCCCCCUUUGAUCUAUCGGGGCUUGGAGUUCCUGAAGAUGGGCAGAAAGUGAUCUCUGAUCUUAUGUCGAUCUACGAUACCAGCAUCCAAGGCAACAAGAACAUGACUCCCGGGAAUGAUGCGGUCAUAGAAGACCAGAGCCGUCCUCAGCCAAAGCUUCAACAACAAAACGAGUUCGCGGGAUCAUUCUUUCAGCAGCCCAGUGCUGUGCCCAAUCAUCACAUGUUCUCUAGAGAGGACGUUCAGUUCGACCGGUUCAAGGCCAUGAAUCCUUCGUUCGAGGGCACCAACCACAACCACGACAACCUACAGCUCAUGUUCGGGUCUCCCUUCGAUUUUUCGUCUUUUGAUUUCAAGGAGGAGUUACCGGGCGGAGUUAUGGAUGCCCUACCGAAGCAGGACGUCACGAUAUGGUUCCACUAAUGGUUCCGAUUGCUCAGCUUGUCUCGGGGGUUCGUGGGAGCUGUAUAUUUCUCUGAAGAGAGAACCAUACUUGACCUUGGUCUCUUGUUAGAUCAAAGUUAAGUUUCUUGGCCAAUGUCGUUGCUAGCUUAUGUGUUCUCCGGAACUUUUUAGGUUUAGAUUUAGAGAAAGUUUAAGCAGGGCUUUAGAUGGGGGAAAUAAGAUAUUAGGCAAGGACCCAUGGCUAGCCCUGCUUGCUGAAUAUAUCAAUAUUAUGUCUGAACAAGUGAUUAUUCUG